GCGACGUGCUGCAGUUGUGUGAGGGCGCCGCUGGGUGAGACUCUCCGCCGCUUCUGUCUCCACAGCUCCCUUUUCCCAAAGAAAAGAAGAGGAGAAUUAGGUCUGGGGAGGAGGGCCGCCGCCAUUAUCGGAAAGCUGGAGAAAAUCCACUUUCACACACGCUAUCUGCUGAUAAAUUGAUAAGGACAUGAACAAUUUCUGUUGCAGCAGAGGCCUAUUUCAGACGAAACACCACGGCUGUUGCAACAAACUCACCGUUGUCCCUGUGCGCGACCGACCCAGCAUUAUGUGGGCACAACAAUGGACAGAAUAAUUGUUGAAAAAGCAACGUGGUGAACCGAGAAGGAGACGGUUAAGCGGAUUUUUAAACGCCUGUAUUUCUCACGAGGAAACUUGCAAGAACAACAUUGAAUCGGACUAUUAUUUGGGGAUUUUUUUUUUUUUUAAAUUUCUGGCAUUCCCGUGUUUUAACGCAAAGAAAACACGGAUGCAGAGCGAGAAAUUACAGGCAUGGGCAAAAGGAUACGUGAGUUAAAUAACCACAGGAACACGCCGUAGUAUUAUCUUUGUUAUUUGAGAAUUGAGGCGACCUAUAGUGCAUUCUGCGUCUUUAUGCUCAUGCACAUCAGGCGGCGAGGGCUGCGGCAAGCGCUGGCCUGACAGAUGCAAGGAGAGAAAGGGAGAAUGCGAUGGGCUUGCACCAUAUAAGGAAUGAAUGAAAGAAACCUCUACUCUUGUUGUACCACUGCACUGAUGUUAAAUUAAAGUUGGAGCCAAAUACAAGAAACUGAAAUCUGAUCUCCUCUGUGAAUCAGCUACUUUAUGGACAAACAUCCAAGCCUACUCCCUUAUACAGUGCCUGUUUAUGGCAGGAUGAUUGGCAGUAGACUAUGAUGAUGGCGAAAAAGCAAGAUGCCCGGUCGCCCAUUUACAACCUUAUUGUGGUGGGUUUGUCAGGAACAGAGAAAGAGAAGGGGCAAUGUGGUGUUGGCAAAUCCUGCCUGUGUAAUCGCUUUGUGCGGCCUAGUGCUGAUGACUUCUAUUUGGACCACACUUCUGUUCUGAGCACCAGUGACUUUGGGGGUCGAGUGGUUAAUAAUGAUCACUUCUUGUUUUGGGGAGAGGUGGCACGGGUUCUGGAUGAGGGGCCAGAGUGCAGAAUGCACGUUGUGGAGCAAACAGAAUUCAUUGAUGAUCAGACAUUUCAGCCACACCGUAGCACUGCUAUGCAGCCCUACAUCAAAAGAGCAGCUGCAACCAAGCUGGCUUCAGCAGAGAAGCUCAUGUACUUCUGCACAGACCAGUUGGGCCUGGAGCAAGACUUUGAGCAGAAGCAAAUGCCCGAAGGCAAGCUACAGGUUGAUGGAUUCCUGCUUUGUGUUGACGUCAGCCGUGGCAUGAACCGCAACUUUGAUGACCAGUUGAAAUUUGUCACUAACCUGUAUGGUCAGCUUAGCAAGACUAAGAAACCCAUUGUGCUGGUCCUCACCAAAUGUGAUGAAGGAGUUGAACGUUAUAUCAAAGAUUCACAUACGUUUGCCAUCACUAAAAAGAGUCUGCCAGUGGUUGAAACAUCUGCGCGCUCAAAUAUCAAUGUGGACCUUGCCUUCCUCACUCUGGUGCAACUUAUUGAUAAGAGCAGGGGCAAGCCCAAGAUCAUUCCUUACUUUGAAGCUCUGAAGCUCCAGAGUCAACAGAUAGCCUCUGCCAAGGAUCGCUAUGAAUGGCUAGUAAACCGCAUUGUAAAGAAUCAUAAUGAAACCUGGUUAAACACUAGUCGACGCAUGAACACUUCUGCAGAGUACAAAGAAUACGUCUUCUUGGAGGGAACGGCAAAAUGCAAAAAGCUCUUUCAGCAGCACGUCUACCGCCUGAAGCAGGAACAUAUUGAGAGGCGUCGGAAAAUAUACUUGAGCACUCUUCCCUUAGCACUUAGUUCUUUGGUGCCUGACCUGGAUGAGAUAGAUCAGCUGAGCUGGUCUGGUGUACAGAAGGUUCUGGAGUCCAAGCAGCACUUCGCCCACUGGUUUGUUGUUCUGGAAGACUCGCCAUGGGAGGAUACAUCUCACAUUGACAACAUGGAGGAUGAGCGAAUUCCUUCAGACUUGUUGGAGACUGCAGCAGCAGAGGCUAUAUUUGAUGCCCACCUGGAACAUUUGCGUAAUGAGUGCAGACGAGCAGAGAUGAGGCAGGAGUUCAAACAGAAGUUGGCCUCCUCUCCCUUCGUCACUCCUGGCAAGCCUUGGGAGGAAGCUCGUAGCUUUAUCAUGAAUGAAGAAUUCUACCAGUGGCUGGAGGAGCCAGAGUAUUUGGAUCUCUAUAACCGCCACCAGAAGGAGAUCAUUGACCGUGCUAAAGAGGACUUUCAAGAGCUGCUGCUGGAGUACUCUGAGCUCUUUUAUGAGCUUGAGGUCGAUGCUAAGCCAAGCAAGGAGAAGAUGGGGGCGAUCCAGGAGGUUUUGGGGGAGGAACAGAGGUUCAAAGCCCUACAGAAACUUCCAGCUGAGAGGGAUGCUCUAGUAUUGAAGCAUAUCCACUUUGUCUAUCAUCCUACCAAGGAGACCUGCCCUAGCAGUCCUCACUGUGGAGACUUUAAGAUUGAGCAACUCUUAGCAUCGCAUUUCCCCACAUGUUACCCCUUUUUUGAUAUGAAAGCUCAUUUUGGAGACACCAAGGCUGACAGGAUUAACCUUGUGAUACUGGGAAAGGACGGGCUGGCCAGGGAAUUUGCCAAUGAGAUUAGGGCUCUCUGCACGAAUGAUGACCGGUACGUGCUAGAUGGGAAGAUGUAUGAGCUGACACUGCGGCCCAUUGAGGGCAAUGUACGUCUUCCAGUGAAUUCCUUCCACACUCCCACUUUCACCCCUCACGGAUGUCUGUGUCUGUAUAAUUCCAAGGAGUCCCUCUCCUACGUGGUAGAAAGCCUUGAGAGGCUUAGGGAGUCAACACUAGGUCGAAGGGACAGCCAACUAGCUCAGCUGUCAACAUCGCUGCUUCUGGUCACUAAGAGGGGUGUGGGAUCAUAUGUGGAUAUUGGUGGAGAAACUGCCUUAAGCCUAAUAACACAGGGACAGCAGGUUGCGAGGAGACUGCAGUGUAGCUUUUUAGACCCUGCCUCCCCUGGUGUGGGCUAUGGCCAUAAUGUUAAUGAGACUCAAAUCAACCAGGUGCUGAGGAGCCUUCUGGAUAUUAGGAGGAGUACAUCCUUUAGUAGCAGCUCCCCACCCCUCCUGCCUGAGCCUCCAGGUGUCCGAGACUCUCCUCAUCAGCCCAUUCCAGAGGCAGACAUUCGCAUUGUUAUGUGCUUAAUGUGUGGAGACUCUUAUGACAUUGAACAGCUCCUGUCCCCCUUUCUAAUGCCUCAGCAUUGCAGACCCCUAUCUAAUAGUGGCACCUCCGUAAUGCUAGAGCAGACAGUUAGCGGACACAAGCUGGUUAUAGAGCUCUCUCUGCUCUCCUACCAUGCCUCCUUCACUUUGCGGAAGAGCAGGUUAGUACAUGGCUACAUCGCCGUCUAUUCAGUCUCCCGAAAAGCCUCCCUGGAGACCCUGUGUGCAUUCUUGUGUGAGGUUCAGGACAUCAUCCCAGUGCAGCUGCUGGCAGUGGGGGAUAGCCAGGCAGAGCUCACUGACAGUGAUUAUGCCCGUGAACAGCUGAUCCAGGGGGAGGAGCUUGCCCAUGAGAUUGAGGGUCGUUUCAACAGUGUGGUCUGUGGGUCCGGAGGGGUGGUGGGAGGCCUGCACAGGAUAGAGAUGUUCCAGCCUUUUCUGAUUGAGGUGGUAGAGAAACGCAACAUUGUGGAGGCCACUCAUAUGUAUGAUAAUGUGGCUGAGGCCUGCACCAAUGAGAAUGUGUACUCCCCCCGCUGUAGCUCUCCCAGUCCUGUCACCAUGUUCCUGGAUUCUGAGGAUGAUGUGGAGCCAUCGCCACCCUACUACGAUGGCACGCUAACUUCUCAUAGUGGGGGCUUCAACCUGCCUGACUUAGAUUCCAGUGACAUAUCUGUCAUCUCUGAUAUCAGCUCUUUUGAGAACAAGCUAAACAACAAAGUACCCCCACAAGUUAGAGUUAAACCGACUGUGACCUUUGACUUUCGGAAAGUGAGUCGUAACCCAUACACUGAUACAGUUGGCCAUCGUCGCUCCCUGCCCUCUGCUGUUACCUGGGUUCCUGGUGGGGAUGGAGGCUAUGAUCCCUCAGAUUACGCUGAGCCCAUUGAUGCUGUUUCAAAACCCCGCCCAAGCAAUGAGGAGAUCAUCUACUCAGUGCCACACGAUAGCACGCAGGGCAAGAUCAUCACCAUCCGCAAUUCCAACAGGAUGCACUCCAAUGGCAAUGGCUCGGACAGUGAAGCAGACAGCAGCUCUCUGGAGCGAAGGAGGAAAUUCUCAGCAGCAGGUGUGAAACCUCGUCUUUAUCGUGACCGCUCCAAGCGCCUUGGCAAGUUCAGCAGCUUUCGCACAAGCUUCAUCGGCAGUGAUGAUGAGAUGGGAGCUCUUCAGAAAUCCAAGGAGGAUGAUUUCGGGACCCUGAAAGGAGAAAGCCUUAUUGAGGAGAGUGAGGACCCAAAAAAGAGGAACAUUCUGAAGAGCCUGCGGCGGACAGCCAAGAAAACAAGACCAAAGCCCCGUCCAGCCAUUCCCAAGCCCCUGGAGAGCAAUUACUUUGGGGUCCCCCUUGUAAAUGUGGUAUCUCCAGACAGACCUAUCCCACUCUUUAUCGAGAAGUGUGUCCGCUUUAUUGAGACAACAGGCUUGAAUACAGAGGGUUUGUACCGGGUAAGCGGUAACAAGUCAGAGAUGGAAAGCAUGCAGAGGCAGUUUGACCAGGACCAUGGACUAGACCUGGUAGAAAAAGACUUCUCCAUCAACACUGUUGCUGGAGCCCUGAAGAGCUUCUUCUCUGAGCUGCCUGAGCCCCUGGUGCCUUGUGCCCUGCAGGUGGACCUACUGGAUGCUUUCAAGAUCAAUGACAGAGAGCAGAGGCUUUAUACCAUGAAGGAUGUCCUGAGGAAGUUCCCCAGGGAGAAUUAUGAUGUCUUCAAAUAUGUGAUGAGCCACUUGCACAAGGUGAGCCAGUUUAGCAGGGUGAACCUGAUGACCAGUGAGAACUUGUCCAUCUGUUUCUGGCCCACCCUCAUGAGACCAGACUUCACUACUAUGGAUGCCCUGACUGCCACACGCACCUACCAGACAAUCAUUGAGACCUUCAUCCACCAGUGUGCAUUCUUCUUCUACAACCAGCCCCUCCUCGAUUCCCCCUUGGGCCCAGCAGGCCUGCCUGCCUCACCCACCACCACCCUCACCGGGGGCUCUGCGUAUUCCUGUUACCGCUCCUCUCCGCCACACACCACCACGCACUUCAGCCCCCUGCAGCAAUCCCCACCCACCACCCCCCAGUCCCCUCUGCAGUCCCUGCUCCCCCCUCUGCACCAACACCAACACCCCCACUCCCACCAUUCCCCCGCCGAACAAGAGACACUGUGAGAGACAAUUAAACCACGUGUGCCCAUGAUGAUGCUGGACUUUAUCACCAACACACAAGAAGAAAAAAAAAAUACACAUGCACGCACACACUACAUUUUUUGGUCAUGGACAACCUAGGUUG